AUGAAGUUUGAGAUUGACAAUCUUCCGGUCGUUUUCCCUUAUGACAAGAUCUACCCAGGUGGACCUCCUAAACUCGCUGUGUUUUACCCCAAGACGCUUCAGUCGGUUCUCAACGUUCCCGGCCACUGCGUUCUGGAGAUGCCUUCGGGUACAGGGAAGACGGUUUCUCUGCUUUCUUUGAUCGUUUCGUACCAACAGUUCUUUCCGACAAAACGAAAGCUCAUUUACUGUUCUCGCACAGUUCCGGAGAUUGAAAAGGCGCUGACUGAACUCAAGCGGUUGAUGAAGUAUCGAAUUGAGAGUGCGGAAACAGACGAACAGCGAGAAAAGGAGAGAGCAUUCACGGGUCUUGGAUUGACGAGUCGAAGGAACCUUUGUCUUCACCCUCAAGUCAGUACGGAGAAGAAGGGGCAUGUCGUCGAUGCCAAAUGUCGAGAUCUUACAUCCGCCGCCGCUUGCGAAAAAGGACGAGCAAAUCCAGGCUCUGUUCCCCUGUGCGAUUGGCAUGAGGGCUUGAAUGAUAUGGAGCCGGGAAGUCUUGUUCCUCCCGGAAUAUGGACGUUGGCAGAUCUCAUGGAAAGAGGCCGUAGAACGACGACAUGUCCGUACUUUACGAUCCGGCGAAUGAUGCCAUUCGUCGAUGUAAUCAUUUAUUCUUUUCACUAUCUCCUCGAUCCAAAAGUUGCCGAGCAAGUCUCGAAGGAUCUAUCGAAGGAUGCCAUCGUCGUUUUCGACGAAGCGCAUAACAUUGACAAUGUUUGUAUCGAGUCGCUCAGUAUUGACUUGACGAGACCAAUGCUGGACUCCGCCGUCCGAAGUGUCACCAAGCUUGGCGAAAAGGUCGAAGAAAUCAAGCUUACUGAUGCUUCCAAACUUCAAGAUGAAUAUGCCAAACUUGUACAAGGUUUGCAGGAUGCGGAUGCCGAUGAUAAUGAAGACCCUAUUGUCUCGAACCCAGGUAGGAGAGUCAUAGAGGCGGGAAUUUCACUAAUUCAGGAGCAUCAAGUCUUGCCUGAGGAUCUCUUGAAGGAGGCAAUACCCGGAAACAUACGCAAAGCAGAGCAUUUCGUUGCGUUCCUCAAGCGCUUCGUAGAAUAUCUCAAGACUCGAAUGAGGGUUCUUCACGUUGUCGCGGAGACACCCGCAUCAUUUCUCCAGCAUCUCAAGGACAUCACGUACAUUGAGAAGCGACCACUAAGAUUCUGCGCUGAAAGACUUCAGUCCCUCAUACGCACACUGGAAUUGACUGGCUUGGACGAAUAUUACUCUUUACAGAAGGUCGCAUCCUUUGCGACGCUUGUCGCAACUUAUGAAAAAGGCUUCCUACUUAUUUUGGAGCCAUUUGAGACAGACAAUGCUACGGUCCCGAAUCCGAUAUUCCAUCUCAUAUGCUUGGAUCCCUCAUUCGCGAUUAAGCCAAUUUUCGAGCGAUUCAGUAGCGUGGUCAUCACGUCAGGAACCAUAUCCCCCCUGGACAUGUACCCGAAGAUGCUUCAAUUCACACCCGUUGUGCAAGAGACUUACCCCAUGACGCUUACUCGGAACUGCUUCCUCCCUUUGGUAAUCACCCGUGGGAGUGACCAAGUCGCGAUAAGCUCGCAAUUUGAAGUGCGGAACGAUCCCGCUGUAGUGCGAAACUUUGGAAGCAUCCUCAUUGAGUACAGCAAAAUUGUGCCGGACGGGGUCGUGGCUUUCUUCCCGAGCUACUUGUACAUGGAGUCUAUUGUGGCUGCUUGGAAUGACAUGGGCAUCCUCGAGGACGUCUGGAAGCACAAGUUGAUAUUUGUGGAAACGCCCGAUGCCAAUGAGACAAGUAUCGCAUUGGAAAACUACCGACGGGCGUGCAACAACGGGCGAGGAGCCGUCCUGUUAUCUGUAGCUCGCGGCAAGGUGUCGGAAGGGAUCGAUUUUGACCACAAUUAUGGCCGUGCGGUCAUCAUGUUCGGGGUUCCAUACCAAUACACAGAGAGCCGAAUUCUUAGAGCUCGUUUGGAAUACUUGCGUGACACUUACCGGAUCCGGGAGUCCGAGUUUUUGGGAUUCGACGCGAUGAGAAACGCGGCACAAUGUGUCGGGCGUGUUCUUAGAGGAAAGACCGAUUGGGGACUAAUGGUGUUCGCCGACAGGCGCUUUGCUCGAUCCGACAAGCGGUCAAAGCUGCCGAAAUGGAUUAAUCAAUACAUUACGGAGAAUGCUUCCAAUCUCUCAACGGACAUGGCGAUUGUGCUUUCCAAGAGCUUUAUGCGGACGAUAUCGCAAAAUACAAAUGAAAAUCUCCAAACAGGCGUAUCCCUCUGGACGUUGGAGGAUGUGCUGAAAGAACAGAUUCGUGCCAAACAAUUAGAAGCAGCUGGCCACGAGCCUCCCUCGGUUGCUCGAAUGGAGAUAGACGAUCAGGAGGGAUAUGACUAUGGGGACGGUGGUAUUCCUGACCAUGUCAUUGCAGAAGCAGACCUAGAAAUCUAA